UGCUUGCUGGGAAAUGGUAAGGCCAGGCCUCACCCUCUUCUCACUAUCCCUUUUUUUCUGAUCUCCUCCCUCCAGGCUGCUAUCCUCUGCUCCAAAUCAGCGCCUCCCAGUUCUGCUCUGCUCUGGCUCCUGGAGGACAGCAGGACUCCAGGGAAGGACUAGAGUAGGUACUGAGAAGACAGCUGACACCAGUUUCUAGGAAGGAGAUAACGUUGGCUCAGUGUCCUUUUCAGAGAGAUGGCUCCUAGGACCCAAGGGAAGAUCGGGAAUCUAAGGUGGGAGUUCCUUUGCUGAGCCCCCUGAAUCUGAACCUCCUGCAGACUUGUCAAAAGCCUGACCUUUGAACUCAGAGGAGGCCAGGCAAGAUGGCCCAAAACAUGGUGACUGUGAAUGGAGUCAGGGUGGCCUCCACCUCAUCCCAGCCCACUCACAUCAGCAUCCAUAUCCACCAGGAAUCCGUGCUGUCGCAGCUGCUGAAGGCAGCGGGUUCCCUGAAGAGGUUUCUUUCUCAACCUGGAGACACUGGACCUUCCAAGGCCAGGACGAGCAAGGAACAACUAGCUCUCGCAGUGAUGCAGAUAGUGCUGGGGGUCGUGAGCUGCACUCUUGGGGUCAGUCUCUCCUUUGGGCCCAGGACUGAGCUGCGUGUUUUGGGCUGUGCAUUCUGGGCAGGAUCUGUGGCAAUCGCAGCAGGAACAGGGGCCGCUGUCCAUGAGAGAUGCCGGGGGAAACUUUUAGGCUGUGUGUCUGGUCUGCUCACUCUGGCUGGCAUCGCUGCCGCUGUGGCUGCAGUUGUCUUUUCUGUGAGGAGCAUCAUCUGGCAAAACAACGAUCUAAACUACUCCAAGUUCAACUCUGUGUGUGAUAAUUUAGACCCUGUGGCCACAACCACUUCGUACGAAUGGAGGACAGAGAAUUGCAGAAACUUUAUGAAAAUGACCCUGAAACUCUUCUUGGGAUUCUGUAUCCUGCUCACAGUGGUCUGUAUCCUGAACGUUAUUGUGUCUUUGGCUUCCCUGAGAUGGUGUCUUCGAAGUAUGAGUGGCCAGAGUUCCCAGCCCCUGGAUGAGGAAGGGUCAGACCAGAAACUUCUGGGGGAGAAUCCAGAGUCCCCUUCCGCUUCCAAGGAGGACACCUUAACUGUCAUCAACCUCUGAGCUGCUGAAGACCCUGCCAGGUUCCUGACUGCUCCUGUCAGUGCAGCCCAGGGCCCGUGGGGAUGACAGGAAUUGCCCCCAGAAGCCCUCCUGGCCCUGCACCUGCACGCGCCUUUGCCACAGCAGCUAUGCAGCCCUCCUUCUUCUCUUCCUGCUGUCCUCUCCCAUCAUCCCCUCUCCAGUGCCUUCUGUUCCAGGAAGAACUAUCGUCACAUUUCCCACAAUGCUGAUUAAACAGGAAAAAAAUUUUUCUCAGGAAGAUGGGCUUCCGCUUUGUUUACGUAUGUCACAUGGGAACGGCCUCCCCUGUGUGAGAUGUGUGCUCUCCUUACCUUCUCGAGUCUGCAGCCCACUGUCAGGAAAGCUUGAGCCUCAAAGUACUGACAGUCCCCAUCCCCAACUCAGGAGAGAAGUUAGAAGUGCAAAGAAAUUUAGAACAACUUAGUUUCAACAUUUAUUUUACCCCAGCAAUGGAAAAAUGGAAGCCCUUCGUUCAUCGAUUUUCUAUCACUAUAACAAACGCCAGGUAUAAUCAAUUUAUAAAGAGAAAGGGUUUGGGGGGCUGGGGAUUUAGCUCAGCGGCAUAAGCACUUGCCUUGCAAGCAGGCAGUCGUGAGUUUGAUCCCUGGUACCGAUAAAAACGAAAAAGACAAAAAAAAAAAAAAAAAAAAAAAAGAGAGAGAGAGAGAAAGGGUUUAGUUUGGCUUGUGGUUUUGGAGGUUUCAGUCCAUGGUUUAUUGGCCUUAUUCCUUUAGCCCCAUGGCGAGGGAAUACAUCACGGCAGAAAAAUAUGGUGUAAACUGCUCACUUCAUGGCCAGGGAGGCUGACAAAGGCAGAAGAAUAAGUGGCCAGCAUUGCACUGUCCCCGAGAACCUCUUAUCAGGUACCGCCUUCCACAGGUUCCUUAGCUCAGUAGUCUGCUCCUGGGACCUGCCCAGCACACAUGCGGAGGGAGGGCACUGCCCAAGAAUCUGUGUCUUGAGACCGGUUUCUGAGUUACAAGUGGCCCCUCAUCUUGACUCAGGGGUUCUGCACCUUCUACCCGCAUCUAUAAAACAGUAUCAGGUCAACAUGUCGUUCCUAUGUCUUGCCGUAUAUAAGGUUUAGGGUACCGAGAGACCUCAGAUCUGGUUGAGGAGUUCAUAAGCUGAACAGGAAGAGAGGCAUAAAAACUCUAUCUUACAAGGAAAGAAUAUUUAUCACACGACUGCCAGAUUUUUGAUACAGCAGGCAGCAAGGUGGUAUGCUAAUGACUGUUGGAUAACGACAGCUACAUCAUGAGGCGCCAUCAGAGCAGGUGGUGGUGGUGGGGUGAAGAUGCCAUAGGUUUUUUGAACCAUAAUAUCUGAGUUGGGACUAUGUCUUGUGCCCAGCCUCCUGUGGGGUGUUAGUAUGUAUUCACUGAAUGAACAAAUGAAGUUUCUUUCCUUUUUGGGGGUGGGAGCUAGGGGAAAGGCUGAUUUUUGUUUUCACUUCUAACUUCUGUAGAAAGAUUCUGGUGGUCCCAACUUGUGCUGUUCACAGUGUGAUUCACUGCUUGACAAAUGGGAAAUAUCAGGAGCUUGCCAGAGAAAAAAAUAUCCACCCCCCCAGAUAGGCCAAUGGCAUUUGAUUGUCCCGAGACCCCAGGUCUUGUGUGCCUGGGAAUUUUUUAAAUGCUCUGAUGUACACUUCUUGAUGGCCUGAAAGAGAAAAUAAAAUUCACAUGUGGAA